AUGUGUAUUUUUAUUUGUGAAUUCGUUAACUGGAGAUCUGAGAGCAUAUGUUACAUCGUCCGGAUAAAUUCUUUUAUUAUUAUAAAGAUAUCGUUUUGUCACCUCUCCGAGCUCGAACAACGGGUAUUGGAAGCUGAGGGCAGAGCAGAAGAAGCGGAGGAUAAGGUCCGCGCCAUGGAGCAACGCCUGUGCGAGUGGCCGGCGGGCGCUGAGGGUGCUCCUAAAGCGAUCUCGCGUCUAGAAGGCCAGAUAGAAGAACAGAAGCAUCUUCGGCUUCAAGACGCGAAGCAGGUUGAAGCGAAAGCGGCGCGGAUCAAAGAGUGGGUGACGAAUAAGCUGCGGGAAUUGGAGCAGCAGAACCAACAGCUUAGAGAACAGAACGACCGCUGCAAUCAACAGCUUGAAUUAUUAAGAAACCACAUAGCAGCACAGGGAAGCAGGAAUUGCGCUGUUAGUGCUUUCUUACCAUCACGUGGGAGUUUAUCCCUGGAAGUGAGGUCAGAAGAAAGCAGUCUGGCUAACAGACGACGUUCUGAGAGCUUGGAAGGUCCACAGUUGCCAAUAAAUUCUGAGCCUCACUACAGUACUCCGGUGAGACACAGAAGGAAUCUAUCGAUCGGUACAACAAAUCUCACACAGACGAACACAAACAGCCAACUGACCACCAUGAAUAGAACUAUGGAUGAAAGGACAACGGCCAGUCUACUGGCUGAUGAUUUGGCGGCUGCUGUUGAAAACUUAGUGGUGUUGCCAACUACACCAAACACAUCCACUGAUGGCGAUACUACACAUGAUUAUGCUGAAAUAUACACACCAAGUAGAGAACGUACUCCCGCAUGGCAGGGUGUCAAUGUUGUAGUUCAAGGCAACAGUCGCGGAGGAUCAUCUACUGGUGAUAGUUCAUCUUCAGACCAACCUCGCCCGCCGACUCCGCCCUUACAUAGAUUUCCUAGCUGGGAGGCCAAGAUAUAUCAGGUAGCAGACGAUGGUCUCCAACAAUCUGUGGAGGAGGAACUCAGCCCGCCUCCUUGUACUCGAGCUGUUCAUGAAUCAACCAGCUAUCAAGAUAUAUCUGUUCCUGUAUACGCUACUGUCAAAGGGCGUGCAAGUCAGAUCCGUUCAAUGCCAUUCACGGGUGAUUCUUCUGACGAUUCCAGUGACGGUGAAGAAUCUAUGGGAGUCACAGUACAUAACACGCCACAUCAUAAUCCUGUUUAUGGCCAGCCAUCUACUAUUAACAAUAUAAACUUAACGAGUGUUCUGCCAGCGUCUAUACAACAGACGUCCGCUUUAAACAACGGUCAAUGUAGUUCCUCGGACACGAGUCUCAGUGCCAGCAGUCCAUCUAAAAGCGUCAAAACCAGCUCUAGUUUGAGUCCAGCUAAAAGAUCUAGCAGUGGAUCACCCAGCAAACAGAGCAAAACUAGAGACACUUCCUUUGAAUCCGGUAUGUCGGAUGACUACGCGAUCCCACCAGACGCGGUGUCCUGCGAGGGAGGGGGCGGAGUCUCGGCGGGGGGCGUGGCCGUGAGGGACUCACCGCGGAGACAUGACGCGCUGGAGAAGAGCGGACACCUCGCGAAACUGGGGGGGAAGCUUAAGACUUGGAGGAAGAGAUGGUUCGUUCUUAAGAACGGUACAUUGUCUUAUUGGAAGUCAGCAUCCGACGUGACUCGCAAGCCUCAAGGGCAGAUAGGACUGGGCGAGGCUUGUAAGAUAUCGAGGAACGACGGUGGCGCCACCUUCGAGAUAUUCACCGGGAGUCGAACCUACUACCUCACGGCCGAUAGCAUCGCUACUAUGGAGGAUUGGAUAAGAGUUCUACAGAAUGUCCAAAGACGUAAUGCGACAAAGUUAUUAUUGAGCAAAGAAGACAAUAAGCCGACCAUACAAGGCUGGCUGACUAAAGUUAAGAACGGACACGCGAAGAAAAGUUGGUGCGUCCUGUUGGGGAAAAUGUUCCUGUACUUCAAGUCUCCGGGCGAUCAGAAUCCCACCGGACAGAUCAACAUGCGUGACGCUCGGGUCGAGGACGUGGAACACGUGUCGGACUCGGAUUCUGAAGAAAAGAAUGAUGAUGGAAGGAACCUCACCGUCGCUAUAUACCCGCAGCAUCAGCUGACUGGGGGCCCCACAUACUUAUUAUUUGAAAGCAAGUCAGACAAGGAUUCGUGGCUGUAUCAUUUGACUGUGGUGAGCGGCGGCGGACUCAGUCAGGGGACGCACUUUGAACAACUAAUACAGAAACUGAUGGAAACUGACGGAGAUCCUAAUUGCGUUUUGUGGAGGCAUCCAACGCUUUUAUAUUCCAAAGAAAACAUCACAUCGCCACUGACUUCAUUAAAUUCUGAGGCACUACAGGCUGAAGCAUUAAAACUAUUUAAAUGCGUCCAAUUAUUCAUGUCCGUCGCUGUAGAGCACGCUGGUAUAGAUUACCACGUGGUAUUAGCUCAGAAUGCUCUUCAACAAUGUCUGGAAGUCGGCGAGCUUCAAGACGAACUUGUUUCCGCGCUGUGCAAGCAGAGCACUCGCACGCACACAAAGCACGGCGUGCAGGUAACAAAACGCCGCCAACUGCUGCUAUGCGCCACGCAGUCGUUGUUCACUUGCGACACGGGCGCCUCAGUCGGCAGCGACAACAAAAGCGAUCUGCCGCAGAACUCGGCAGGCUCGCCCAGUUCGAUACAGGCGCCAUUACUAUCAGUGGAUUGUAAAAGCAACCCGCCGACGUAUAGCUUCGUCCAGGGCUGGCAGUUGUUAGCUCUGGCUGUCAGUUUGUUUGUUCCCAGAAAUAACAGGCUAUUGUGGUAUUUGAAGCUACACCUGAGUAGACAUUCAGAUUCUAAAACGGAAUGCGGUAAAUACGCGGCGUAUUGUUCACGUGCGUUGGAGAGGACUUUGAGAAACGGAGGGCGAACAGACAAACCAUCGAGGAUGGAAGUACUGUCUAUACUACUGAAGAAUCCUUAUCAUCACUGUCUGCCUCACGCUAUACCUGUUCAUAUGCUGAAUAAUACGUAUCAGGUAAUAAGUUUCGACGGUUCCACUACGGUAGAGGAGUUCCUAUCGACUCUCAGUACAGAGCUCGGUUGCCGCGAGUCAUCUGCCUCAGGGUUCGCCUUAUUCAGCGACGACCCCAUAGAGAAAGAUCUAGAACAUUACAUACAACCUGAUAAAAAGUUGUGUGAUGUUAUAUCUAAAUGGGAGACGGCUCUAAGAGAAAAAGGCUCUGGAAAGUUCGAGAACUCUCGAGUUAUUAGACUGACGUACCGAAAUAGAUUGUACUUUAAGAGUUCAGUGCGAACCGAAACGGACAAGGAGAGACUGCUUCUGUGUUAUCAAGUGAAUCAACAAGUGGUAGCGGGUAGGUUCCCAGUGUCUCGCGAGCUGGCAGCGGAACUGGGAGCGUUGAUGGCUCAGCUGGAUGCGGGUGAUCAUCAUCACCAGCAUCACCAACCGCUCGCACAGAGGUUCUACCCUUAUCGGUACAGGGCUGGGCUUAACAACGAGGAACUCAGGGAGCUAGAAGAAAAACUCCGUUUGAAAUGGGUGGCUUUAAAAGGUCGAAGUACCGCCGAUUGUGUUCGUAUUUAUCUGAAUUGUACCAGAAAAUGGCCGUUCUUCGGAGCCACACUGUUCCAAGCAAGGAUAAAGCAGCCUGAGCUCUCACUAUCAUGGCUCGUGGUGUCUGAGGAAGGAGUGUCUGUAUUGGAGCUGUCUUCUAUGGCGGUGUUGGGCAGAUACCCGCUGGCUUCCAUUGGACUGUUCGGGGGAUUACAGGACGACCUAAUGAUGUUGAUAGACGGUGAAGACGCCAACACGCCGGUACAUAAGAUGGUGAUCAGUCUCAAUAAGCCUAAGAUGGCGGAGCUAACUCAUCUCAUAGCUGACUACAAGAACGUCCGAACAACAAUGCCGGGGACGCCUCAAAUGAACUCCCUCACCCGCAACAACAGCCACCGCUCUAUACGAAAGCCGGCGACGUUACCGCACCCUACACCCUCACACCCUCAGCACCCUCACAACACCCUCAAUUCACACGCAACCACUAUGACGCUAUCAGACAGGAAUGCUACCCUCACUCUAAGUUCAGCUGACCGCGUAUCACACGGACAGCCAGAUAUAUUGAAAUCAACUCCCGACCAUAGAGAUAAGAAGAGACAUGUGGAUGUUGCGUGA